ACAUUUUUUAAGGAAUGUUUCAUAGGCAUAUGCGGUCUCUGAAUACAUAUUAAGAGUCAUAUUAUCGCUUCGACUAUAUUUUUAAUCGGAAUAAAAAUAAUUACAUUUUGAAAUUAGGAAUGUCUUUUAUUUUAAAGAACGGAAAUCAGCUACCGAUAAAUACAAGCUGAUUCACAGACUAACUCACUAUUGUUGCCCAUUUUCGGUUCGUCUCAUCCGCCGCGCCGUGGACCCACUAUCUCCUUGUUGAAUAUCAUCUUUUCGGAGCGAUUUGUUAUAUAUUAUUGGUGACAUUCAUGCACACUCUAUUCGAUUUUGAGAAUUUGUUGAUCGUCUUCCUGCACAAAUUUCGAACAUGGAUUUUCUCACAACUUCAACAAGAGUCUGUCAUCAAGUUCGGCUGCUCUGAGGGCCAGCGCUUGCUCGAGUUUGCUUUGAGCCGAAGGACAAGGCGUGGGAUGCGAAGAAAACCUCGCUCGAGACGAACCGACGCUGACAUGUCGCGAACCGAGUCGAACAACAAUCAAAGAGUCGCAAUGUAUUCCCGAAAAGGCAUCGACGUUUUUCCUUUUGACGAUUUAAUCGAACACAAAGAGAGACUAGCAAUUAUUGACGUCAGUAGGAACAAUAUAUCCACGAUUCCUGCGAGUAUAAAUAACUUUUUGAACAUUAUCGAGCUGGAUUUGAGCACAAACAGAAUAACGAAACUGCCAGAUGAGUUGAUACAACUGACACAUUUGCGGAUUCUAACGUGCAAAAACAAUCAUUUAAAUAGUGACUCAUUACCAAAGGAAUUCGGAACAUGUAAAGCAUUACAAACUCUCAAUUUUAGUGGCAAUUUAUUCCUUAAUUUUCCUGUACAGUUGACUGAAAUUACUUCUCUACGGGUCCUUCACAUGGGCGGGAACAGAAUAAGAGAAAUUCCACCAGAAGUUGAAAGGUUAUCCAGAUUACAACAUCUUUAUUUGGGUGGUAACCAUCUUGUCACUCUCCCGCCGAAUGUUGGUCAUCUUCCAAACCUACUCUCCUUAGUGCUGUGCGAUAAUCGUCUAACUUCCCUCCCGGCUGAGCUGGUCCAGCUCAAGCAGCUUCGAUCACUUAGCCUACAUAACAACCAACUAACCAUCCUGCCACCAGAGAUCAUCACAUUGACUGAGCUCUGUGAGCUGAGCUUAAGAGGUAACCCAUUGGUCGUUCGCUUUGUCCGUGACCUGACGUGGAACCCACCGACCCUCCUAGAGUUAGCAGCACGAUGCGUGAAAAACAAUCAUGUUCACUACACCAAAGAAGAUUUGCCUGGAGAGCUUAUGAGGUUCUUGGAUUCGGCUAGACAUUGCCUGAAUCCAAAAUGCAAUGGUGUUUAUUUCAAUGCCCGCUUCCAGCACGUCAAAUUUGUGGACUUCUGUGGCAAGUAUCGGCUUCCUCUGAUGCAGUACCUGUGCUCCCCGGAAUGCUCACCUCCCAGCGGUAGGAGCAGCUCAGAGUCGUACAGCAGCAGUGAAGAUCCAGACUCGGAGGAGGAGGUCCAGGUUCCACGAAACACGCUCAAGAAAGUUCUACUUGGCUAGACUUUGGGAGGCCUGUUUCACAAAAACCCUAUUGGAUAAGGUUGGACUAUUAAAGUUGAGCAAUUUUUCCAUGUUUUUCAUGUGUUUGAGAUGAAUGGCUAUAACUGUUGCCAAGCAUUUCUAUGC